AACACUCGUAACGCUUAGUAACGCUGCUCGCCCGUACGGCUAGCUAACCCUGUAUAACUGUAACUGUCAACCGCGCACAUCGUAAACAAACCCCGCGUGCCAUGUGUUUUCGUUGUGUGUGCGCGCGCGGAAAUUAAAAAUAAGUCAUGAAAUAACAUACUAAACAAGCAUUAAAAAAAGCCAAUAGUUGUAACACGCCAUAGGACGGAACACUACAGUGCCGUUCGUUAGUUUGCCCUGCUGCAAAACGAUGCCGUUUUCAUCCCUUGCCGGUCAGCGAUGAGUGUGUACCACGAUGAGGUCGAAAUCGAAGAUUUCGAGUACGACGAGGAGGAGGAGAUGUACUACUAUCCCUGUCCGUGCGGUGACCGGUUUCAGAUCAGCCGCGAAGAGUUGAUAGCGGGCGAAGAGGUAGCGACCUGUCCGAGCUGCUCGCUCAUAGUGAAGGUGAUUUACGAUCCGGAAGCGUUUGCCGCGGAACUGGAUGAGGCGGAAACGACGGUCGGUGACCAGCAGUUGGAGAAGCACUAGCCCCGCAUCAUGCAUGGGCGACGAAUCGUUUGUUGAACGAAUAAAUUAAGCUUAGGAGAAGUACACGCGCGAGUCCUUUCGAAAGCGGAAGUGGUGUAAGGUUAAAAGAAAAGUGAAUAUUUUAUUAGUCUUCGAGCCGUAAAAGUCCACAAAAGCCCUUAAUAUAUAUUAACAAAUGCAAAACAGCAACCAAACGAAA